CGGCCCCCUGACCAGUGCCGAUCACAUCAUUACGUUUUCAGCCAUCGGAACCCCUCUAAUCGCGCGUCGUUAGCUCGGAUGUAUAGCUAACCUUACCGGUAACAUGAGAGAUCCGAAGGCCACCGCGGCGGCGGCGGCGCUCCCGGAGGACGUGGUGCUGGAGAUCCUGGCGCGCGUGCCAGACGUCGCCGACCUCUUCCGCUGCGCCGCGGCGUGCAAGCGCUGGCGCGUGCUCGUGGCCGACCGGCCGUUCCUGCGCCGCCGCUGGCCGGACCACGCGCGCCACCCUUCGUCCCUCCUCGGCUUCUUCGGCCAGGAUUGGUGGAGAGAGGACGUCCCCGCUCCUCUGCCGGACUUCGUGCGCGCGCCGCGAUCCGUCCUCGGCCCCGGCCGUCACUUCCUCAGCUCCUUCGUCCCCGGCGCCGCCGGCCUCUUCGACCGCGCCGUGCCGCUCGCCUCGAACCGUGGCCUCCUCCUCGUGCGCUACGGUUCCCCUCGCGACGACGGCAAGGAUCCGAGCGUCGACCACCUCGCCGUGUGCAACCUGCUCUCCGGCACGUGCGACCUGCUCCCGCCGCUGCAGUGCGGCCAGUUCUCCAACUACUUCGACACGAGCGCUUACGCCGUCCUCACCGGCGCAGACUGCUGCCCGAGGAGUGGCCAUCCGCCGUGCCCACCGGCGAAGAAACCCCUUUUCAGGGUGCUAAUCAUCGGCAUCAGCCAGGACGGCAUGCGGUACGACCUCCACACGUUCUCAGCCGGCGAGCCGAGCUGGAGCGCGCCCACCAAGUGCUUCAACCCGAUAGAGCACGGCAUCUUCGGACCGAUCAUGCAGCGCGACGCCGUUGUGCGCAGCGGCACGGUGCACUGGCUGCUCUGGGACAUGGUGAACUUCCACGCCCUUAACGUGGACGCCAUUACUGGACGCGUCUCCUUGCACAUGCUCCCGGCUCCACGGCCGCAAGACCUCGUCCGCUGCAUGUAUGACAACCCACGGCUGAGCGUUGCCGCCGACGGGACAACGCUAUCGUCCCUUUCUUUGUUCCGGGAAGACCUCACAGUGGAGAUCUGGACAUGGCGAGACGACGGCGACGACGGAGAGAGGGGUCAGUGGCGCCGCGAUAGGGUGGUGGAGCUGCGACGGCCCAAGCAGAAGCAGAUCGACGGACCCUUGUGCAUGUGUAUGGGAGAGAGGAGCGGCACGAUGCUCAUCAGGGCCGGCGGCCGGUGCAUAUACCUCGCGGAUCUUGAGAGCGGUGUGCUGGAGGAGGUGACCGAUCAGUUCUGUGGCAUCGCCGGGUGGAAGACGGCGUUCCCCGUGGAGAUAGAUUGGCCGGCUUUCUUCAUGCAUCGGCUCGGCGGAAAGUCGACUGUCUAAUUUGGUGAUGACAAGUGCUGCAGAGACUUGACGAAGAGACAAAGUUCCAAUAAAGCUUUAUUUGCUACUCCAAAACGUUUUAUAAAUGGGAACAGAGAAAGCACUAUAUAUGCUUCAUGUUUUGCGUAACCUGAAGAUGUCUCUCCAUAUAUAUUGUUCGAUCUUCACUUGAGCAGAUCUCGUACGUCAAUGUUCUCUUUUGAUCAGGUUGUCUUCCAGAAUUCCAGGCCGGCUAAUAUGCUACUUAGCCAGCAUCAGUACACGAUUUUGUGCGCACGGAGAUUCAGAAAAGGAUUUUGCACUGUUAACUGAGUGAGACACGAUUUGGUGGAGCGACUGUGACGUGUGAUCUUUCCACCUGAUCAGUUGGAAGUUGUAGAGAAUGCUCAGAUAUCAGAAAAGUAAGAUUCGGCAUUGUCACUCGAUCGACUAAAAAUAGUUAGUCUUUGCUUGUAUGUGAUAGUAUGUACAUUCUUUUGGCAUGAGCUUUACAGGAUCAUUA